AUGUUAUGUUAUAAAUUAAUAAUAUUUAUAUUUCUUCUUGUAUUCUUUUCUAAUUUGGUACUAUGUGGAUUGAAUCCUUCAUUACAAAGUGAUGGUUCUAAAGGAUGUAAUUCUACAUGGACUAAUGCUUCUCAAAUAUUUGGAUACAUGGAGAGUGGUGUUGGAAAAUGGAUAAGACCUGUUGAAGGCUCAAGACCUAUAUUUUUAGGUAUAUCUCAUUUAACCAGUAAUCAAAUUACAAUAUAA